ACGUGAUUUCGAGGCGCUGUCAGGGAGAAUUUCUAAAUCGCGGUGGCAUAUCCAAGGUCUACAAACACAAAAUACUACUUUUAAAGAUGUCUUCUAAAACCUGUGAUGGCCUAACUAGACAGGAUGACCUAACUAGACAGGAUGACCUAACUAGACAGGAUGACCUAACUAGACAGGAUGUAGGUGAUGAGGAACCUCUGGGUAACCCUGUGGCACCACCUGAUGUGGACCUGGAUCAGCUUAGAGGGGACCGGAUAGGUGACACAGUGUACAGUGGCAAGUGGUGCAUUCAAACUGUCAUCAAGUUGAUGAAGAGUAAUGUGGUUAACAAGCCUAGCAAGUCAUGUGAUGCACCGACUCAAAUUUCCCUGCCUAGUGAGUCAAGUGACUCUCAGACUCAAGUUUCACAAGUUUGUGACUCAGGUGACGCUCAGACUCAAGUAGUAGAUAUGGAUGAGGAGCUGCAAAAUGAAGUUGGUGUUUUGUGGGACAUGACCAGUAACAUGGAAGUGUGUCAGUAUCUUCACUCUAUUGGGGCCAUUGAGAGCAUCUGUUAUGUCAUGACCAAUUCCCAGUGUCCACGAGCUACUGAAAUGUGUGUGGGUAUGCUGGCAAAUAUCAUUUCUCAUGAUGAACUGUGGGCUCAACUCAAAGAUGACUCCAAUCUUUUCAUUGUUUUGAUCCAGCUUUUGGAAAAUACAGAUCAGCCUGUUCUCCAUGAAGUCAUGAGGUUUUUCAAUACUGCUUUGUGCCAUAAAGAUAAUAGCUGCUGUUACCAAGGUCUGUGUGAGAAUGGUCAGCUAGUCACCAGUGAGAUGAUUAGAAUACUCUCAGGAUCAACCAAUGCUGAUCUGUUGAAGCAAGCUGCAGAACUGGCCUUGACCUUGAUGUACAUGGAUGAGGAUGAAACCAAGUUUUGUAACUUCUUCACUGAAGAGAGAGACUUUGUUCUGUCUGUUCUUGAAGCUUCAAAGGAAAUAGGCUAUGAGCAUGAAUCAUCAGGACAGAAUUCUAUCAUGAACAUCUUCCAUUUGUUUACAACAUAUCAUGCUGGCAUAUUGGCUUUAGAAUGCUGUACUGGUGAGGUGGCUGAGGCGGCCUUGACCUACCUCAAGUUUCUGUGUAAGAGUUUAAACCUCAGCAAAGAUGGCGUCAUCAUCACCACCAUAGUGGCCACCCUCCACCACAUCUUCUCCAGACACGCCCUGCUGCGCCUGGAGCUCAUCUCAUCCCCCUGGUUCGCCCACUGUAUCCUGAAGAGUCUAGUGGCAGUCUACAGGAAGCUGGGCUGGUACAAGACAAUCUCAGGUUUUGAGAAGCAGACAGAAAACUGCCAGGACAAGAAGACUGACCAGUCCAGGCCUGCUACGUCGUGGUCAGACAGAGCUGAGCGUGAGCAGGCCAGUCGCUUCCACACACCAGACCCCAGUCCCAGACACGCAGCACUGGACACCUCCUGGUCAGAGAGGAGAGUCAUGUCCCCCCUGUUAGACGAGCAGUUUGUGGAAGAGAGUUGGAAGAAACCCCAGGAGAAGAAAAAACUUAAGAAAAAACUUGCUGACAAGGGAGGGGGCAGAGACCAAAGUUCAGGGGGAGGUGAAAGGUCAGCCUUAAGUUCAGGGGGAGGUGAUAGGUCAGCCUUAAGUUCAGGGGGAGGUGAAAGGUCAGCUUUAAGUUCAGGGGGAGGUGAUAGGUCAGCCUUAAGUUCAGGGGGAGGUGAAAGGUCAGCUUUAAGUUCAGGGGGAGGUGAUAGGUCAGCCUUAAGAAUACUGCAGGGGGAGAGGUGCUCAGGGAGCCGGAGGUCGGAGGGUUUUUCUCCACAGAAAAACUUUGAGGAGAUGGACACAGAGAAAACUGAUGAGUUCAAAGGUCAGAGUGCGCAGGCUGGCCAUGAGCAGCUGGAGCCAUCCAGUCAGACAACCAAAGAUGUCAGCGGUCAACUGGUCAGCCCGGCUAAGUGUGUGUCCAGUAGUGAGGACAAGGCUGUGGAGGAGGAGGAUGUGGCCACCAGCAGGGCCAAGUACCACAAGCUCCUUGACACCAUCAGGGAGUUCUUAGCUGACUACUGCAGCAACAUGAGGGAGAGCUUGCUGAGAGAUGACCAGGUGCCGUGUGUGACUGAGCUGAUGAGAUACUUAAACAAACAGUGCAGCAGCACUGAGAUACGUGCCAUUGUCUUGUGUCUUGGACCAGACACGGAGCCCAGCCAGCCCCUGGGGAGGCUGCUCAAACUGGCGGAACAUUUCAAGGCCCAGCGCUUCAAGGCUCUGCUGGAGGAGAUGGUCAGCAGGCUCAAGCAGCGCUCACCACAAUAAAAGAUUGAGACCACU